AAAAGGAUAUAUUUGUGUGCAAGUCUCAAAAUGAGACGAUUUUCGAGUAGAAUUUCUCAUCAAAUUUGAUCCCAAUGAUAUCGCCAUUUUCAACGAAACGGUCAUUAGUUCAUAAAAUCAUGAUCGAGAUAAAACGUUUCACCCGAGGCGCUUUGUCAUAUACUCCGCGAGUUACUUUCAUCCUUCGCCUCGACGCUGUGCGCGAUAGAAGACCCGCAAAUUUCGAGUGUAUUUCUCUGGCCGCGAGACUAAAAUAUACGAAUCGAACGUGCAUCGUGCGUCGUCGUCGGCGUCGCCGCGCAGAGUCGAGCGCGGAGCGCCGCGUCGCUCGAAGAGAGGAAGCAGCGGUCCUCGUCGGCCUCCUCCUCCUGGAGCACGUGCCCCUCCGGCUGUCAGUCGCGUGUCAUCGCUGGCCGGUGGACGCGACCGGGCAGGUUGAUCGCGCCGGCGAAGUUGAUCUCGCGUGAGAGCCGUCAGUUAUCCAGUAUAAAAUUAUAACAGAGAAGCUACAUUGUUGUAUGAUAUCGCGCGCGCAACGGGAGGGAGUGCGAGGCUACGAUCGCAGAGAAUCUUCGCAAGAAAGAGUUGAGCGCUUUCUCGACGUGGACGAUACGUGGGGCACAGGAGGAAGACGUCUACUUUCGUGGUCGUGGAAGAGCGGCCGAUUAAGCGUGCAGCUUAAAAUAUACGAUUCAACAACACGACACAUUCGCCUCUUUUUCAAAUCAAGAGAUCUCGGAGAAAUCAACCUCUCGACGGGGCAUUGAUCCGGGAAUUCUCAUCGAAGGGCGGCGUCGCGGGGGUGGAGAUACCGGCGAGACAUGGCCUCGUUCGCCGCGAACGGCACAAAACGGCCGGUCGGCGAUAAUUACGCGCUGAACGUUUUCAACUACAACGAACUGAACGAGUCGCUGAGCGCCGAGCUCCACUGCCUCGUACACGAGCACCAGGACCAAAUCAGCAGUAAGCAGGAGCAACAAGGGUGCGAGGUUAGCUGGGAUACCGUGCUAUGUUGGCCCAGGACACCUCCCGGCACUCUAGCUACCAUCCCCUGCUUCGAAGAGUUUAACGGAAUACUUUAUGAUAACAGCGAAAACGCCAGUCGAUGGUGCUGGACUAAUGGGACAUGGGACAAUUACUCCAACUAUUCCUUGUGCCGCAACGUGCGACUGCCGGUUAUCGAGAAUGGGGUGGAAAUUGCGACGAUGCUAUAUUUCAUCGGCUAUAGUCUCUCUCUGCUUACCUUAGUAGUAGCGGUUUGCAUAUUUGUCUAUUACAAGGAGUUACGGUGCCUCAGAAACAACAUACAUACGAAUUUAAUGCUCACGUAUAUUCUGGCUGACCUGACGUGGAUGUUAACUACUGUGAUGCAGGUGUCAAUGCAAACGGAUAUACCGACUUGCGUGACGCUCUUUUCUCUCCUUCAUUACUUCCAAUUGACGAACUUCUUUUGGAUGUUUAUCGAAGGUUUGUAUCUAUAUCUGUUGGUCGUGAAAACGUUCACCGGCGACAAUAUCAAGCUGAGGCUCUGUUUGGUGAUCGGUUGGGGUGUACCUGUGCUCGUAAUAGGCGUGUGGGGAAUUGCCAAGGCACUAGAUCAGAACGUCAUGGAUCAGGUCAAACAGCAGGAAGUGGCGCUCUGGAGACACUGUCCCUGGAUGAUCCCGCAUCCAUAUGACUGGUUUUAUCAAGCUACCGCUUUAACAGUUUUAGUGGCAAACGUCAUAUUUCUCUUUAUGAUUAUGUGGGUGCUGAUAACGAAGUUGUGGUCUGCCAACAACGUAGAGACACAGCAAUAUCGUAAAGCUAGUAAAGCUCUCUUGGUAUUAAUGCCACUGCUAGGAAUAACAUACAUGCUGGUCAUAGCGGGACCUACCGAGGGACAAGUCGCGAAUAUAUUCUCCUAUGUACGUGCAGUGUUACUUUCUUCCCAGGGAUUUUUCGUGGCGCUGUUUUACUGUUUCCUGAAUGCAGAGGUGCAGAACGCGUUAAAACAUCACUUCAUGCGAUGGAGCACUGCACGAAAUCUCGGCACCGGCCGCAGGUAUUAUAACAAUUGGUCGCCACGUUCGAGAACGGAAAGUAUAAGGUUAUAUUGCCAACCAUCAAAUCCGUAUCGCAAGCGAGAAUCCACAGUGAGCGAAACAACUACCACGACAGUGAUCGGCCCGAAUUCCACCACAACAUUUUUCGAUAAAGCCAAGAAAGUCAUUUCGGAGGACCUUAACGAGUAAGACAGGAAUUGUGUGAGAGGGAGACAAGUCUUGUCGUCAUUGCAUCGUUGUAUUGAUCACCUCAUCGAUCAACCGCAUUUUCGAGAAGAUUCCAAUAAUUUUUAUGCCUCCUUAUAUAAGGUCCUUUCCUAAAGGUAUUUUCACUAAAAAUCUAAAAAAUUUCUAGACCAAAUUACGUAUCGUAUUAGAUAAAAAUAUUAUAUAUUUAUUUAAAACUGUCGCUCUCGAUAAGUCAAUUAAAAGAAUAUACGAAGUCCCAUAAGAAGAUUAAAGGCCAUCAUACACAAACGAACUUAAGCAGUAAGACGUAAGCAGUAAGCAAAUCGACCAAUCACAAUCGAAAUUUAAGGACGCCAUUUUAAAACUUACGAGAAUAAUUGACUGUGAUUGGUCAGUUUCUUUACUGCUUACGUUUUAUUGCUUACGUUCAUUUGUGUGUAAUGGCCUUUAUCGAUGAAAGGAAUUAGCAAGAUUGAUCCCACUUAUAAAUUUCUCCAAAAUAGGCUGGCUUUUGAUCCAAUUUUGGUUUCAAACUUAGAUUGAUUUAAUUUGAAUUGUAAGUUAACAGAUUUUAGUUACUUUAGUAGCUUAAUUUAAUAGUGUAUAAUCGUUGGCUCGCUUUGUUGAGUUUUACGAAGCUUUACAGCAUUUAUAACUCGGGUAAGAAAAAUUACCGUAAAUGAUCGCAGUUUGAAAUUGUACAGACCAUUUAUACUUUUUGAAAA